AUGAGGACCAAUGCAGACAUGCUUCAGGAAAGAUCCAUGGCGCAUCAUCUCCCGGAGCACAAACCCUCAAUUUACCAUUCUGCGUCUUCACCGUCGCUCGCGAACAGCUUUCGCUCUCUUCGCGACGACUCGACGCCCUCCCACGACGUGCCCGCUGCGGCCACCCACCACCCCCAGAGCCCCCGUCGCAAGCCAGUCCCGAGCCCUCUGUCGCCCACGUCAACCACCUUCUCCACUACCCCAAUUCCCUCCAGAGCACCCUUCCAGAACCCGCCCUAUUACGACUCUCCACGCUUCGACGAACCGCGCAGCCCCCGCGAGAAGCUUGACGCUUUGUUGGCCGAGGAGGAGCAGCACCACCAUUCCUCGCCCAUUCGCCCAACCAAGCCAGCGCAUCCGCCUACACCACCCAACGUCCCCACCACCCACAUCACCCAGCCCACGAGGCCCUCUGCGUAUGCAAAGCUACGGCAAGUCUCGUCUCCCACGCUGUCAUCGGCUGGCAUCUCCCCGCCAGCAUCUCCCGUCAUCAUGUCUCCACAAUCGCGGACAAAUCGACCAGACACAGCAACGCCAACGGUACCUAUCCGCAACCCCUCCAUAGACUCAGCUGCAUCUUCGCUUUCGUCGAGUGCUUCCCAGAACCGCCUUCCUGGCAGCCAUGCUCCCCGGCCAUCGCAAGACACAAGCACAGCGAAUCCGCCAGACAUGGCUGCCCUCAUAGCGAGUGCAGGCUCGCCCGAGGCCGCCAUGAUGGCUCUGUGGAAGGAGAAGCAAAACACCUCCAAUCACAAUGCACAGCUCUGGCGUUUGGUUGAGAAGCAGCGUGCCAUGAUCAUUGGGCUGCAGAAGGAUUUGGAGCGAGCAUUAAAGGACAAGGACCGCUACCGCCGAAAGUUCAAGGAGUAUGUCGAGCAGGUGCCACCAGGUCCUGGUUCGCUGCAAAAGUCAGAUACCUUCAACUCUGUUGUAGACCGUGACCCCAGCGAGUCGCCCGUCACCAGCGAGCGACCCGAUGAGUCUGCUAAAUCCGGUGAUGCCAAAACGGGAGAGUACAAGACCUCGCCAUUGACACAAGAGCACCCGGCACCACACCUUAUACCAGACUCACAACUGGCAACAUCGCCUUCCCAAUCUACUCCGUCAAAUACAACGUCGAGCGUGAACUCACCCACAGACUGCUCUGUACAACCCCUCAACCUUGCCACCAGAGGUCUCGGUCUUGACAGCGCCGUGCUCCAGCCUGCCGAGGUCACUCAACCGUCAGUACAGGUUCCGAAUCCAACGACACCCCCACAAAACGCCUCAGAUGCAACGCUUGUUCCAGACAGCUCGAAUCUACAACCCCCCGAGAUAUCCCUCAUUCAAGCCACCCCUGUUGUUGGCGGCGACGGAUUCGAGGCAUCCCCACGAAAGCCUUCACAACCUCUGCGCAAAGCUCCCCCAGCUCCUCUCAAUCUCUCCAAACCCGUAACAACUAGCGCGCAUCUCCACCAGGCUGUGCAUGGUGACGACGUCGAUUCCGACUAUGAUGAUACGUUGGAAGUGGAUGAGAUACCCGUGGUGGAACGGGGGAGGAGAAAGACUCGCGAGGAAGAUGACAGGGUGCGGGAGGCCAUGUACCUCAAAGACGAAGAGGCUCGAAGCAAGUCGAAGAAGAAGAGCAGCGAGAGUAACAGCACACAGGUGAUACCAUAUGAAACGGCGGAAAACAAUCAGCCUCAGACAUUCCCUGUGCCUCUGUCUCCGCGUCAGAUCAAUGCUCUACAAUCGGGCCUUCCAAUCUCUCCCCGACAUCCGCCCGCGAAUUCGCUGAAUGCUCUGCUUAGCCCUACCAACUCUGACAGUUCUAUGAUGGCCAAUCGAAGUGUUGCAUCGCCCCUCCUUAGCCCUGGCCUCCCGUCCAGCCCACGUCCCACCGACCGACCUCUAGGAUCACCGUUGCCGAGGAAUCCCAAGUCAUCACUGGCAUCGCCGCCCAUGUCACCGAGCCUCCUGAACCAUUCAGGAUCACGGACUGGCCAGCAGCAAGUUCCCUUUCCACCAAACACGCCUCAGUCGUACCAAUCACCUCCAGUGAACCAGAACCAAAAGAAUACGCAGUCAAGCAAAGAAUCGUCAGGGGGGCUCUUGGCCGUACCAGGGGCGCAGACUAGUUCAGACUCAGGUUCAGGCAGCCCUACUUUGAACGACAUUCCCGACGCAGAGCAUGUCUAUCGUGGCCUUGUUUCGGACCAGUACCCAGGGCUUUUGCUUCCUCCCAACGCUCUCCCAUCUAUUCAGGUCAAGGUAUUUUCAUCUAGGCUCCGGCCAUCGCGCUUGAGUUUCUUGGCCCCAAAACCUCAGGAGGAGGACCCCGUCUUUAUCCUUGCAAUCUACGCUCGCUCCGACAACAAACAAUUAUGGCGCGUAGAGAAGACUAUUGCAACACUCCCCGCCCUGGACUCUCACCUAAGAUCGCUAUGCGACUUCCAAGGGAAACUCCCAGAUCGUGCUCUUUUCGGAGGUCAUGCCCCUGCGAAGAUCGAUGCUCGAAGAGUUGCCCUCAAUCAGUAUUUUGACUGUGUCCUGGAGGCACCCACAGACGAGAGGACAGCACGUGUUGUUUGUGAAUACCUGUCUGCUGAUGUGAUUGGUGCACAGGCAGGUGACAGAUUAGCUCCGGAGCCCACUCCUGGACCGGCUGUAUCGGCUGUCAAGAACCAGCGCAAGGAGGGCUAUCUUACCAAACGCGGCAAGAACUUUGGAGGUUGGAAGGCACGUUUCUUCGUGCUGGAUGGUUCCGAAUUCAGAUACUUUGAGAGUGAAGGUGGCGCCCACCUAGGUACCAUCAAGUUGCAAAACGCGCAGAUUGGAAAACAAUCACAACAACAAUCCACACAGUCACCACAGCGAAAGGAUGAUUCUGAGGAUAAUCAGUAUCGACAUGCCUUCCUCAUUUUAGAGCCAAAGCGGAAAGACUCUUCGAGUCUCGUUCGUCAUGUACUGUGUGCCGAAAACGACGAGGAACGAGAUGCCUGGGUUGAAGCACUUUUGCUGCAUGUUGAGAUCCAAGAGGAAACUUCGCCAACUGAGGCUCGCGCUCCUCCCACCUCGCGUUCUCAGAAACAGCAAGCCAGCCAAGAUUCGACACGUUCACAGCGGAGAGAGAGCCCUGAUGUAACGGAACAGGACCGUGUACAAGGUCUCAGCUAUGAAGAUACAGUGGCAGCACAAGCCCCGAUCCGCGGGCCCAACCAUCGAGAAGCAUUGGGAGAGAGGCCUUCGCGAGGAUCACCCAAAGACACGAGCUUUCUACAAGACAGUUCCGGCCAUUAUCACUCCAUCUCUGGUCCGAGCAAUGGAACCCCCAUUAAGGACGCUGAGAAUUGGGGUGCUAGAUUGACGCCAGCACCCACAGCCGCAAAGGACAAGAAACGCAGCAUAUUUGGGUUUAGAGGCCGUGGUGGCUCUUCGGAUUUGGCACCUGUUCAGGUCAACACUCCCCUCCUCCAGGCGCCUGUUGAGCACCGAAUACCUCACAACCGCAGCAUUUUUGGUGUCCCACUCAUGGAAGCGGUGGACUACACCCAGCCCGAAGGUGUCAAUGUUCCUUUACCAGCAGUCGUCUAUCGAUGCUUGGAGUACCUCCGAGCCAAGAGGGCAAUAAGUGAAGAGGGCAUUUUUAGGUUGAGCGGGUCAAAUAUUGUCAUCAAAGGACUCCGCGAUCGUUUCAACACUGAAGGUGACAUUAAGCUGCUGGAUGGGCAAUACUACGACGUCCAUGCCGUUGCUUCGUUGCUGAAGUUGUACUUGCGAGAGUUACCAUCGUCCAUCCUCACUCGGGAACUGCACUUGGACUUUCUUAAAGUUCUCGAUAUGGAUGAACGAAGCAAAAAGAUCCAAAGCUUCAAUGUACUCGUACACAAACUCCCCAGACCCAACUUUGAGCUGCUAAGGCACUUGUCAUCGUUCCUCAUUGAGAUCAUCGACAAUUCGGCAGUGAACAAGAUGACGGUGCGCAACGUUGGCAUUGUAUUUGCGCCCACGCUCAACAUCCCGGCACCGUUGAUCUCGUUUUUCUUGACCGAUUUCCCUGACAUCUUCGGUACGGCUCUCGACGAAGCCAGUUCCCCAAUUCAUGAGAUCCGAAACGACACAUCGCACUUGGGUGAUGAUGCGAUUCGGUCCCCACGGCGGCAGAUGUUUUCGGAGCUCCCAACGCCUAGCUACAAUGACACGAGCUUUCAGCAGCGAAUGGACCGGCCAGGUCAACACUACCAAAGCAACAAUGCUCCGGCCUAUCCACCUCCGCAGCCCCCUCCACAAAAUCAACAGCAACAGCAAAUGCAACAGCAACUGCAGCAGCAACUGCACAACCAGCAGGGACAGGGACAAGGACAGUACAAUGGAUAUGACUCUGGCUUUAUUCCAAUGAGACCUACCUAUGAAGUACCAGCUUAUGAGCAAGCAUAUCGAUCUGGAGAGGGAUAUGGCAGCCUGAAUGGAGCAGUGCAGUCUGGCAGUGCUCGAGAGCAACGACAGCGGAAGCGAGAGAGCGGGAUGCUACUCAUGAACAUGAAUAUGAACAUGGGCGCGCCUCGCAAGGGUUCAGCUGGGUCUAAUCCACCUAACCGCGGAAACUACCAAUACAAUCCUCUAAUGGUUCAAGAAGAGACGGCGUUUGACUGA